AUGGCAGACAAUACUCCCACACUCCACCAUCUCAGUGACUCCCAAUCCCAACGAAUCCUCUGGCUCCUCGAAGAACUCUCCAUCCCGUACACCCUCCAACUCCACACACGCAAUCCCCCCUCUCACCCAACCGCCCCAUACCACUCACCCCCCUCCCUCGCCUCCCUCGGCCCCAAAGGCAAAUCCCCACUCCUCGUAACCGGCGCCCGCGACAACCAUCGGUACAUCCCCGAAUCCCUCGCCAUCGCCACCUAUCUCAUCCGCACCUUCGACGUGUCCGACAAAUUCGGACUCCGUGAUGGGGACUGGGUACGCGAUGAAAUGCUCAUGAGUAUGCUACUCACCGAGUUAGUCUUUUCAUCCACUGUGAUGCUUAUGCUUGAUUUUCAGUCCCUAGGUAAUGGACCUGGAGCCAAGGGGAAAAUGUUCGAUGGGCCGGCUUUGAGGAAGACAUUGGGGGAUUUAGAGAAAGAGUUGAAGAAUGGUCCUGAGGGGGGAUUUUUUAUGGGGAGUCAUCCUGGAAGAGUGGAUAUUAUGGCGGAGUUUCCGUUGGCGAUGAUUAGACAGAGGAAAUGGGUGGAUUUGGCAACGGAAUUUCCGGCUUUGAAUGAGUGGCUGGAUAGGUGUUAUGAGAGACCUGCUUGGAAGAGGUCUAUAGAGAAGGGAAACGGGUAUGAUUUGAGCUCUUUUCCAAAGGCGGAUCAUUUGCAGGUAAAAUUGUAG